AUGCCUUCGCAAGGCUGGGGCAGUUUCGCAUUCUCGACUAUUGGCGGCGUCGUUGGCCGUGUGUGGGAGUUUUGUAGAACUGGCUCAUUUAGAGGUUUCCAAGCUGGUGGCGGCAAGGCUUACACAAUGAAUUCUGGCAGGCUGGAAGAGCUGGACCAGACACUUUUCGAAAGCCAUCACCUCCCUGGACGAUUUCCACCACCGCAGGAAGACUACUUCAACCAUCAGUCCAAUAAUGCCGACCAUGAGAUGAACAGCGGCGCUUCUACACCCACAGCACCGCACCCAAAGAGAAGACACACUGAUAAUAAGGAUGAACUUGGCAGGAAUUGGGUCAUGGUGAGUGAUGAGAAACCAGCUGAGCCAGAGCCUGUACCCAAGCCUACUCCUCAGCUGCGACGUCCAUCUUGCUAUGCGACCCCUCGAAAUCGAAACUCGGGUCCCUCGGUGACAACAGGUCGACGCAUCAGCGCUACUCCGUCAUCUCGAUUUUCCUCGGCCUCUACUCCUGGUCAGCGACGAUCGACUAUCAACCGACCUUCGAGCCGAUUGUCAGUUGGCCCCUCCCCUUCGGCCCCUUCCCCUCGCGCAGCAUCAACGGCAUCGUUUGCCUCGUUUACUUCCUUUGGGUCCCCUCGUGAGGCAACUCCCAGCAAGAUUCCCCAACCUAGUCGUCGCCGAGCCGCAGCCGCAGCCGCACCAUCGCCGAUAACCAAGCCCAAGACGUCUUCACACCGCCGGUCUCAUAGUAAUGCCUCAGUAGCGUCAGGACGUGGAGGGUCCGCCGAAGCCAGUCCCCGUCUCACUGCAGAAGCCAAGCAUCUCGCAGCACGCCGUAAGAUGGAAGAACGAGAUGCGGAUGUGCGGAUCAACGCUUUUAAUAAGCAACUACAGGACAUGAUUCGUCAGGGUAGAGAAGCGUUGGGCACGACGAUAGAAGUGGAAGGUAACUGGGAUGAUGACCUGUGA